AUGAUAAGUGCUAUUUCUCCGUUGCAACAUGGUUUUGCAAGGAAUCGUUCGUGUAUUACUCAACUCUUACGAGUGCUUCAUUCAAUCGGGCAGAACUUAGACCAGAACAUCCAAACUGAUAUACUAUACUUAGAUUUUGCCAAAGCUUUCGACUCGGUCGAUCAUAGUUUAAUAGUGACAAAACUCAAGUGUUACGGCGUGAAAGGGAGAAUGCUUAAUUGGUUUCAAGACAAUCUUACUAAUCGGACUCAAAGAGUUGUUAUGAACGGGGUAGCUUCUGACUGGACACUAUGUUACUUCAGGUGUUCCUCAGG